AUAAACGUUUGAAAGGAGGAACAGGAAUGGUAUUUUCACUACAAAACAUGUUAAAUCAUUUGUUUUAAGUGGAUAUUGAAUUGUUAAAGAUUUUUUUGUAUAGCAGGGCUAAAAAAAACUCCUGAAAGAGUUUUGUUUUUUAUUUUUUAUUUUAAUGUAGUCACAAUUUGUCCUGCAUUUCUCGUGUUGGCCACUUGAUGGCGCAAAUGAGCCAAACAGGAAAACCUGGAUGAAAGAAACUAAAAACGACAUCGAAGAAGAAGAAAGACGUCUGUCUUCUAACACGUCCUCAAAUCGAAGAUAUAUCCCAGAGAACAUCGGUUUCAAGGACAUUCAAGACCUUCAUCGAAUAACUAACAAUGAGUGGCAGAGGAAAAGGCGGCAAAGGACUCGGUAAAGGAGGCGCUAAGCGUCACCGUAAAGUUCUCCGUGAUAACAUCCAGGGAAUCACCAAACCGGCGAUCCGCCGUCUGGCUCGUCGCGGUGGAGUGAAGCGUAUCUCCGGUCUGAUCUACGAGGAGACCCGCGGUGUGCUGAAGGUGUUCCUGGAGAACGUGAUCCGUGACGCCGUCACCUACACCGAGCACGCCAAGAGGAAGACCGUGACCGCCAUGGAUGUGGUGUACGCGCUGAAGAGACAGGGACGCACUCUGUACGGAUUCGGCGGUUAAACUCCACGCUCCGCUGUUGGCAGACAACAAAAGGUCCUUUUAAGGGCCAC